AUGGAUCUAGAAUUUUGUCUCCAGAGGAAACUGAUGGUGCUAUGUCUGGUGCUGGCGACUGGUAUGGCUGCAAGGCCAAGGCAGCGGCUGCAGCAGCAGCCCAUCGAUGCGUACGAGUAUGAACCGGAGGCACACGAUCGGGCAGGGGAAAGGGUUGUCCUGGUAUCUCCGGACGCAUACGACCUCUACCAGGCACAAGAUCGAGUUGACGAGGAGUAUGAACCACGUGCCGUUCACAGGGCGCCCCAACGUCUGAAGCAGAACCAGAUACAGGAGAGCCCUAAGCAGCCGCCCGUACAAACUAUCCGAAACUACAAUAAGGUAAACGAUGACGGCAGCUUUACUUUCGGCUACGAAGCAGCUGAUGGGUCCUUCAAGGAGGAGACUAGAGGCACUGACUGCGUCGUCCGUGGAAAGUACGGAUACGUCGACCCAGACGGCAACAAACGUGAAUUCACCUACGUGUCUGGCAACCCAUGUGACCCUAACAAGCCAAAUGAAGAUGAAGAACAAGAAGGGCCAGCUGCUCCAGAAUCUGCAGAACGCGACGAUGGCGUCCCUAACUAUCCGACUAGACCCGCUCUUCGACCCACUACUGCUCGACCUACGACAACUUACUUCCAAAACGACUUCAGGGAUGCCGACGAAGAACCAGAAGAAGAGCCCCUACAGAACCUGAGACCACGAAUUGUGCAGCGUCCACAACCUGCAAGGCCCGUGCAUAGACCAACCUACCAAGCUCAACCCAUAGCCAUUACGCCCCGACCAGUCCCAGUGACCACUGCUAGAGCUCUUCCUCCUGCAACCACUUUCAGACCUCAACUCGUCCAAGUUACUGCAAGACCUCAGGUGCAAUACAGCCCCGAACCUAACUACGCUCAAUCACCUUCACCCAACUACGCUCAAUCACCUUCACCCAACUACCCAUCUCACUCUCCAGCUGCCCCACCGACCAGACCCAGCCAAAUUGACUUUGCUGCUGAGUUUGCUAAAUUCCACCACGAGAACCAAGUCCAAUCGACCACCCCAAGUGCCCUUAGUGGCCCAACGAGAACUACAGUCGCCGCUAGUCCUUCGCCUAGUAACCCUCUGUAUUCCACCGAACUGGUCUACGAUCCAUCCAGCGGCCAAUACAAUACCCAGCUAUUCCAAAGCUUACCCCAAACUAAGGGAGAAUUGAACCUAAAUCAAAGACUGCAACCCUACGUAGCGCAACAACAGCCACAGGCGCAGAGGCCGUUUAUUCCAUCACCCCAGAUUCCAUCCGCAGCGAUUCCCAAUCAAUACAGACAGCCAAUUCAGCCAACGAAUCAAGAGACUUACCAGAGACAGCAGUCCGAAUCGCAAUUCCAAAACUCAGCGCAACUGUUCGCUCAACAACAGCAAAUCCAGCAGAGUCAGUUGCAGAGGGACCGAGCCGCAGCGCGCGCUCAAGCCCAAAGACUGUCAAUCCAACCACAACAUCAAGCCCAAAGAGCCCAAUCCCCGCAAUACUACUACGUGCCCAGAGGAGGAGAAUCUAUAUCAUCAGGCCAAAUCGACGCAUUCCUGAGAGGACAUGGCAUCCAAGUAUAG